UCGCGCCGGUCUGCAGGGUCGAUUGUCGUGUACUUGCUAUUUGCAAUUUCCGCAGGUCUGUAGUGGGACGAGUCAACAACAAGUUCUGCGGACAAUCUUUUUCGUUAAGCUCGGUGCUUUCGAGGCUGGGUUUGAAGAAGAAGAAGAAGAAGAAGAAGACACGCUCAACAUUAUGUGUGUCUCAGGCCUUCUGAUUGGCGCCGUAUAGUUCAUUUUUCACCAAAAACGAUUAUCACGCAUGCUUCGGCGUCAUUGUGUUGCCGACUCAGCCUCCCAUCUCUCUCAUCAGGUCCCAGGUAGUCCGGCUCUUGCGCGUUGCGAUUCCGUUCAAUAUGCUACCAACACUAUUCUGGAGCACCAACCUACCCAUGUCAACAAGACGCAUUGUACCUUGAGUUUAGACUGGCUGUUGACAGAGGCCUGCAUUGUUCAGAACCACAAUCGGUCAGCUCGAGUUGAGGUGUUUCUUGGACACAAGACUUACCAGCAUCUGCCCAACGACGCUAAAGCAAACCCUAGCACCCCGGAACCAAAAACUUCUGCUCUGCAAUUCCAACCUCCCGCCUCCCACCUCUGCCUCACGUCUGCAAAAAGAAAAUCUCGCAAGACGCAUCUACCUACAUCUCUUUCUCUCCUCUACAUUCAUUGUCUGGUGUUUUGCAGGCCCAUGGCAGCUUGUAGCUGCAAAAAGAUCGACACCUGUGUGAUUCGAACACACGCUCCCGAAGGAAAUGCCUGACUAUGGAUAGCAGGGCAUCGCGUUAACCACUCCGCCAAAGUGCCAUGAUUGGUUGUGAUUGAUUGUUGAGAGGACAGUAAAUGUUUGAUUUAUAUAGCAGACAAAAUAAGGUUAGAAGGGAGCAGGGAGUAAGAGAAUGGAUACAACAUCAAAUGAC